UGGCAUCAAGACAUUCAACUUUUAACUAAGGACUCAGAGAUCAACGAGAAUAUUUUGAGUCAAAUAGAAAGGUCGUUCAUUGAGAGAGAGAGAGAGAGAGAGAGAGGCAGAAGAGAGAGAGAGAGAGAAAGAGAGAGAGAGAGAGAGAGAGAGAGAGAGAGAGAGAGAGAGAGAGAGAGAGAGAGAGCGAGAGAGCGAGAGAGAGAAAGAGAGAGAGGACGUGCUGUGGGCACAACAGGAACAGGAAGUUGUAGUGUGUGCAGCUUGAUACUGAGCUUCUUUGGGCACAGAGUUGGUUUCUGGUAUUUGUGACUAAACGGCUCCAGAAACUGUCGGUAUCAGUCUCGACAGUCGUGUCUCUUCCUUAUGUGGAAGGCGGAACACCUCCCGGAAAUAGAACACUCCACUUGCUUGUCCGCACCUCGAGGAAUACUUUGGGGGAUUCUCGGCCAGAUUGAUGGCCGUCACGUUCGCUGUAUGGGGAACUUUGGUCGUCGUUCUUCAGGCUUUGGUUGUAAUUUCUGCUGAGGACCAAUCAUGUGUUCCUGGGUUUCAGUCAGACAUGAAGGUUUUCUCUCUGAGCAGAAAGCACCUCUGGAGAGGCAGAGUCCUUGGCAAAGACUGCUCUGAUCGCACGAGGUUUCAUUUUAGAGGUGAAGAUACAUGUUUUGUGAUACAAACUGAUGGUGUCUUGAAGUUGUCCACAUUUCUGAGACUAGUUGUGAUACGCACUUUUGAGGACCAGUUGAAUGUGCGAGACUCAUUCGAAAUUUGGGACCAGACCAAAGAACAGCAAAUUGAGAGGUAUUAUGACCAUUUGGAAAUUUAUAAAGUAAACAACGUGCUAGCCUUUGAUAUAUAUUUCUUCCUUUCCCCCCUACUCAUUCAGGUAAACAGACGGGUUUCUCUUCAUAAAGGACACCAUGAAUUUUUGGUUCAUGCCUGGGACUCUCAAGGAAACAAGAUGACCAUUCCGGUCAGGGUAGUGCGUAGUGGCAACCAACACCAAAAUCCCGAGCUUCAUCCAGAGAUUAGGUCAAAGUCAAAGAAGAUCUUUUAUUGUAUUACUGGUCCAGGAGCAGAGCAGCCUCCCAUUGGACUUUUAACUAUUGACACAGACACUGGUAAUCUUUAUCUCACACAAACUCUGGACAGGGACAAGCAGCCCAAGUACUUGUUUCAAGCGUACGUUGUGGAAGAUGGUGCUGGAAAUACUGAGAAGCCUAUGAAAAUUAUUGUCAAUGUAAUUGACCAGAAUGACAACAAACCACUUUUUGCAAAGGAUACCUUUUUGGGAGAAGUGGCUGAGGCAUCCCUCAAUGAUAGAACAUGGGUCAUUGCCACCACUGUGCUGGUUCUGUGCCUAGUGAUUGUGGCGUUACUUUCGAGAUGUCUCUCGCAACACAAAAAGAACCCCCGAUCUUCCCGUGAUAUCUCUGCAUUGUGUCACUGCCAAACAACGCACAUGUCCCAGAUUGAUGUCAUUGAUGUUCAACUGCAACAGCUCGUGGAUCACGGACAUUUUGCAACAGUGUGGCGAACCAUGUAUCAAGGAUCUCUGGUGGCUGUGAAAGUUAUUCCCUCUGCUGCAAAACAUGUGUUCAUCACUGAGAAGGACGUCUACGAACUCCCGCUGAUGAGGCACGCCAGCAUCAUUCACUUUCUCGGUGCUGGCAGAAGGUCAGAUGAUGACAGCUGGCUCCUUGUCCUGCAAAUUGCAGAAUAUGGCUCUCUGUACUCCUUCCUGCAUCUCAACACCACCAGCUGGCCAACAUCACUCCAAUUAUGCCUGUCUUUAUCACAGGGACUCUCCUAUCUCCACUCAGAUUUGCACACUGAAGAAGGACACAAACCACCUGUAGCCCACAGAGACCUUUGCAGCUUCAAUGUACUCGUCCAGGCAGAUUGCACCUGUGCUCUGUGUGAUUUCGGUAACUCAUCCAUCCUGUGGCCACACUCAGGUCAUUGCCAAAUGGAAAACACAAUGAGUCACACCCAAACACCAGGCACCCUGUGCUAUAUUUCCCCCGAGAUCCUGGAGGGUUCUGUAAACCUCCGUAGUUGGUGGUGGUGUCUGCACGGGGAUGUCUACGCUUUGGGUUUGGUCCUUUGGGAAAUCUGCAUGCGCUGCUCCGACCUGUUUGAAGGUGCCAUCGUGCCAAAACACCUUCUACCUUAUGAGCGUGAGCUGGAAGGCUUGUUGACAUGGGAGAGCCUCAUCGUCCAUGUGUGUCACAAGGACAUAAGACCUGCCAUACCUGAGCAUUGGCAAGUGCUGAGACAGGGGCAGGCACUUCAGGAUAUACUCAGAGAAUGCUGGGACUUGGACCCAGAGGCACGGCUGACUGCAGAGUGUGUGGUGAACAGAUUAAUUGCCCUUUAGUCACAGUUCUCUAUACAAGGCAUGUCUUUUUGAGUCUUGAGUAUUAUGCAUUUUUCACAAUUUCAAACAGUUCCAAAAAAUCUCAUUAUCUAUUAAUUAAUAUAAUCAAUUCAAAUAUUAUUUUAACAAAUGACAACUACAAAAAUCAAGUCAAUUUUGCUGGAUUGGUGAUAAAAUGCUCCUUGGAAUAAAUGUAAUCAUCUCAGCAUGACUCCAAGUUGCAGAGUGCAUGUCUACCAACAUGAAGGUUGUGGGUUCACCCUAAAUUUCCUGGCCGCCAAUUUGUGACCAUGUUGAAUUGUCUAGUUCAUGGGUGGCGAACCCACGGCUCCUGAGCCGCAUGCAACGCUUUGUCUGUUUUCAUGCAGGUCUUAUGAACACAUUGCUUUUUUAAUAUGGAUGCAUAUGUGUGCGUUUUGCUUUAGUUUAUUACAGUAUUUUCACAAAACUGGCAUACACAUUGCAUAAAAAUAGCUCAAAAUGUUCCAGUAGAAUAAUAAAAGUAAGUUUCUUUCGGCUUGUCCCUUUCGGGGUCGCCACAGCGUGUCAUCUCAGAUGAACGCACAUAUGUUUGGCACAAUUUUUACACCGGAUGCCCUUCCUGACGCAACCCUUCUCAGGGAGUGGAGGCCCCAGUGGGAUACGAACCCACAACCCCUGGUUUAUCAAACCAGUGCUCUAACCACUGAGCUACAGGGCCUCUUCCAGUAGAAUAAUGAUCUUUGAAAAUACUUUGCUUUCAAAAUGCACAAUUAAACAAAAAUAUUUGGAUGAAUACAACACAUUUUUACGCAAUGAUGUCUUUGAAAUCUUGUGUCCUGAAAACUAAUAUAUUAAACAAAUGAAAUCAGACUUUCAAGGGUCCCACCACUGUUGAUCAGAGAAUAUCAGUUGCACACAGAAAGAACUCCAAUCUUAUUAUAAUUGUAUAUUAGUGUUGCAUCAGAUGUGAGUUGUGACACACGAGACAAGACUUGGUUGAACUGGUAGUUUGCUUGCAUGAGAAAGAGCACACAUUUUUUUUAAUUAUGGGCCAGUUGCCUUAGUACUCUGUAGGAGUCGAUUUUUCUUGUUUAUCAUAUUUGUGUAUAACUUUUACAAUAAAUCUGGAUGAGAAAAGGUA